AUGACGGGCCGAUUGCUAGAGCGGAAAGGCUUUCCGGAUAAAACGACGACUAGAACAUCAUUCAUCAAAUCCCCCUUGGACGCAUUCGAAUCGGGGAUUUCUGGAGUAAUUUAUCGAGGCGAAAUCCACGGCCCUGUAUACGGUCCCGUGCUGAGUCGAUUGCCUCGCAAUGCCGCAUCAACCUUAUGCAGCGUCUGUCUGGAUUUUGAGCAAAAUUGUGUCCGUCCUGAAAGUUUCGUAGAGGCUAAGGACAAUAACUAUAAGAUAUAUCUUCAUCACGGGUCACUGCCAGCUCUCAAAGGUUCCAUGCAGAAUGGCUGCCAGCUAUGCAAACUUCUAUACAAUGGCUAUGUGUAUACUUGCUAUGCGCUACGCAAAAGCCAAGACGAGGGCAAGUCACUGCGAGCAAUCGAAUCCCUCAUCGAUCAACUAGAGCCCAGUCGGCCACAAUUGCACCUCGUAUUCAGCCCUGGGCAUCUUCUGAGCCCUUAUCGCCUCAACAUACUUAUGAAACAUGCUACUCCGUUAUCCUACCCGUUGGUUCGGAUGGCUGAGUUUGCUAUUGCAGUAAAAGCUGGCAAGAAACACCCAUCGUCCCCGAGUGUCUCCUUGGUUCUAACCUGUUGUUCAGACGAGCCCCCAUUUGAUACUCCUGGAGAGGUACCACGGCGAAGACAGUGCGAUGCUACAGCCGAUUUUAGCCUUGCUAAAAAAUGGGUCACAAACUGUCAAAAUCAUCAUCCGAGUUGCAAAGUAGCUCCUGCUUGCAACCCGACACGUCUUCUACAAAUCAUCGACAACACUACGAGCAUCAAACUUGUGCUCACACAUCCGUCACAAAGAUACAAAUAUGUUACACUCUCCCAUAGAUGGGGAGAUUUCAAGCCAGCGUUAACACAAAGAUCCAACCUUCAAGAGCAUAUGCGUGGAAUCCCAGCCGGAAAUCUACCAGCUACAUUCCGUGAUGCUGUUAUUGCCACGAACCAACUAGGUUACCAAUUCUUAUGGAUAGACUCGCUUUGUAUCAUACAAGACGAUGAGAAGGACUGGGAAACAGAAUGCCCCCGGAUGUCCUCCGUGUUUCAAGGCGCUGCUCUUACUAUUGCUGUACCUGGAGCUAAAGACUCAUCCGUGGGUUUUUUGCAUAAACGCCCAUUGCACGAUGACCAUGACUAUCGGCCAUGCGAACUUCAGUACCGCGAUUCGCAUGGCAACCCUAUCAACACAAUCAAAAUUUGGUACCCCGGGUUUCACCGUAUGAAGGAGCCCCCUACAGAUCUGAAUGAACGUUUAGCUCGUGUCAGGGAUGUUGGUUUCUUUCACGAUCAAUCACAAGUUCUUGGAAAGGAACCCGAAUCUGUCCUGAUAAACCGCGGAUGGGUAGUCCAAGAGACAAUGCUUUCUUCACGUAUUCUUUACUUUGGGUCUUACCAAAUGUAUUUCGAAUGCUGUUCUCUCACACAGGAUGAGUGUACUCAUGAUAACUUAAAAGACUUCUCUCGUUUCAAAUCUAUUGUACACUUUGAUUCGUGGAAGAAGUCAAGGUGGUGGUUCCGUUUUAUCGAGGAGUAUUCCCGGCGUGCUUUGACUUUUAGCAGUGAUCGCCUCCCAGCUAUCUCAGGCAUAAUUCAUGCAUGCAAACCACCCCCUGGGGAAGUUUACCUAGCUGGAAUCUGGAAGAGCAGCCUUCCCGAGGCACUUUUAUGGCGUGUCUCGGAGAGAACACAAAACAUCGAAGGUCCGAUAGUCGCCCCUAUCACCGAUGGGACUAAUGAUAAAUCAUCGGCCAUCGUUGCCCGGCAGGGCUACGUGGCACCUAGCUGGUCCUGGGCUUCCGCCAAUAAGGAAGUCGACUUUGAAGACUUUCAGUUCACGAGAUUCAAGGGAGUAUCCGCUCUUGAGUUUAUUUCAUGCUCGACAACAUUGGUCGACUCAUCAGCCGAUGCGGAUCCAUACGGUCGCGUUAGAGCGGGCUAUUUAGAAGUCCGUGGUAAGCUGUGCAAAGCUGCCGUGACCCGGUCGUCGGAUCCCAAGUUUAUGUGCGCCUGGAAGCUAUCAUCGCAAGGAUUCUUCCAAGUACCGGCAAAAUUCUUUCCUGAUAAUGUUUCAGAAUUACUCCCACAGAUCACGACUGACAUAAAUAGACCCCCAGAAAGCAUGGACCCAGGAGGCGCCUUUCCCGAACUGUAUGCUUUAGCGGUUGGGUCUACUGAAGAAGGCUGGGAUGGCUUCGGGCUUCUUAUCACGCCGAUAUUCGGAAGCAAGAAUCAUUUUCGAAGAGUUGGGCUCUUAACAUUUCAUGAUGAGUAUCGUGGAAAGUAUCUGGAAGAUAUGGCUGGAUGGUUUGGCGAAAGUCAGAUAGAAGUGCUUACUAUUGUUUGA